GCGCCGGCAAAGUGUAAACUAAAAUAUUAAACUCCAAGUGUAUUGAGGUAUUUGAUGUAAAGUAAAGACGCCGCGAGCAAGUCCUAGCGUGGAAAGAUGACGCAAACAAGCUCCAUGAAGCUUCUGGGCGCCCGCAACAUGUCCUGCAUUGUGGAGCGCAUGGAGUGGAACAACAAGAUGGAUCUGAUUGCCUACGGAACGGAGAAGGGUGAGGUGGUCAUCCAGCGGCUGAACUGGCAGAAGAUUGUCACCUUUCCCACGCCUGGCGAGGAUGUGCGGGUGCGUUCGCUCAGCUGGCAAAUGGACGAGACACUACUGGCCGUUGGCUACAGCAACGGCAAGGUGGCGCUCCUGGACGCCGAGAGCGAGACGAUCAUCUCGGGCCUCAUUUACGAGGACGACAUCAAGAAGGUGUACUUCAGCAAGGCCAUAAACUCGCAGGAGAGCCUAGGAACCUACACAUGCAGUGCCAAGGAUAAACACCGCCGGUUCCUGCCCAAGCUGCAGCCACUGACCAAUAUUGAUCCCUGCCUUAAAUCACUGGACCAAAAGUCCUUUCCAAAGGGAUCGCCCUGCUUUCUGGUGGUGAUAAUGCGCAGCGGCAAGGUGCACCUACUGCUGCUGGGAGCCCUGCAGGCCGGAAGCAUUGAUCUCACCCAGCACAUUCUGCAUCCGGAGCAGUUCGAUGUGUACGAUGUGCGGCUGAACGGCGACUUUAAUGCCAUUUAUGCUCUUUUGCGGGACGGGCAGGAACUGAAGAUGCUGCACUUUCACAACCAGGUGCUGCAGGAGUGCAUGGCACCCAUGCUGGAGCUGGCAACGCAUUGCGCCCACAUACUGGAAACGAAGAACUAUAUUAAUGACACGCAACAAUGUUUGACGGAGGCCUGGGAGACCGUGCAGCUGGAGAUGGACAACAAGCUAACCAAGUACGCCAACUCCCAGCCCUACGGACUGAUCUCUGCCCAUUUUCUGGAGCUGCAUGUCUUUGGAUUCGCUACCUUCGAGGUAGAGGAGUUUUUGUUCGAGACUCUUUCGGAGAAGGGCUUCAAGAAGAUUGCCAACUCGGUGGACCUCAGUCUCAGCAAUCUGCAGGGCCUAGUGUUCAAGCAGCUGAACGGAUCCGCCGUAAACAUGUUCUAUUUCCUCAACACAAUCGCGGGAUUCGGACGCAUGUCGCACUUUUUUGAAUCCCUGAUCUCUCCGGAUGUGGCCAACGAAGCGAUGCGAGCCUGUGGAGCAUUCGUACUCAAAGUACACGAGCUGCAGCGAACAAUCGACACUUUGGUGUACGACAUGAAGCUCUUUCACGCGUGGAUGAUAUUCACGAUACUCCGGCUGUCGCAUCAAGAGAUUCCCGAUGACCUGGUGCUUACCGAGGAGGAGAACAUUGCCAUGGCCGACUUCCUCUGCUCCAUGGAACCAGAAUUGGACGAUCGCAGCGAUGAUGAGGACGAACUGGAUCCGCAUUUCGAAACGCCGCCGCCUGCUCGCAGCAAAUUUAAUCUGGAGCGAGUGGGCCAGUAUCUGGACAAUGCCUACCUGACACAGCCCUAUCCCAAGGAUCCCAGCCAGCUGUGGGAGGAGAUGGUAGCCGAGAACGAAUGCCUAAGCCACUGCAAACUGUUUGUGCCCCACGACAUGAACCUGUCGCUUGUGCAGCAGCGCGACAAGAUGUUCAAUGCCAUCGAUGCGGUGUUCCACAAGCCAACGGAGAGCAUAAGCGGGAGCUUCAAGCUGUCCUCGACGGUGAUAUGCAACGACCUGCCGCCCAUGGAGCCCGGCGAGGACCUCAAGGAUAGGGAGUUCGUGACCUGCAGCUACUACGUUAACGAAGCGGCCAGGAGUGACAUGUUGGCCUGCACCAUUAGCUGGCAGGAGGCCAUGAUUCUCGAGUUUAGUCGAGCGGGCGAUGGCUGGGUGCGAUGCACCAGGAUAAAACUGGAGCCAGGACUUUUCACAACAUCCGUGAACGAAGAUUUCUGUUACCUACGCUUCGUCGACCUGCAGUUCUACAAUGAAUCCUCGCUAUCGAUACUCGCUCAGUCCACAAAUGCGGGACCUGGCAUGCGACCGCAUAGCUUCUUUGUACAAUUCUCACUGAGCGCGGCGCGGAAUCAGAGCACACAGCACCAAAUGGGGCCGCUGGUCAAGCUGAAGGAGACCACAGUGACGCACAGCAUCCAUGACAUUGUCGAUGGCGCCGCCUUCAAGGGAUUGGACGGACUGUGCGACAUGUUGGCCGUCUCGGGCAGCAGGAAGGUGGCCACCGUUCUCUCCGAUCGCAAGCGCAAGAUGACCAUUUUCGAGAUGGAGAUCGAGGAGGAGGAGGACGAUACGGAGAUGUCACAGGCCUCGUUUCUGGACAUCAGCAAGGAGUCCGUGAUAGCUGGCGUCGCCGAUUCGGAGAAACCAGAAGCGUAGUAUUGAAUCUUCAAAAUGUAAAUUAAAUGGAUUGUUGAGAGAUAACUUA